AUGUUUUGUUUGCGCACUUUACGAGAAAUGAAGCUGCUCCGGUACUUCAACCACGAGAACAUCAUUUCAAUUUUGGAUAUCCAAAGACCGCGAAACUAUGAGAGUUUCAACGAGGUUUACCUCAUUCAGGAAUUGAUGGAAACAGACAUGCACCGUGUUAUCCGCACGCAGGACCUGUCGGAUGACCACUGCCAAUACUUCAUUUACCAAACCUUGCGUGCGCUCAAGGCUAUGCACUCCGCGAACGUCCUUCACCGUGAUCUCAAACCGUCCAAUCUUCUCCUUAACGCGAACUGUGACCUUAAGGUCUGCGACUUUGGCCUGGCUCGAUCUGCAGCGUCCACCGACGACAACUCGGGUUUCAUGACGGAAUACGUGGCGACGCGCUGGUACCGCGCCCCCGAAAUCAUGUUGACGUUUAAAGAAUACACAAAGGCCAUUGAUGUGUGGAGUGUGGGCUGCAUCCUUGCAGAGAUGCUGAGUGGAAAGCCCCUGUUCCCUGGAAAGGACUAUCACCACCAACUCACCCUAAUUUUGGAUGUUCUGGGAACUCCCACCAUGGAGGACUACUAUGGCAUUAAAUCCCGACGGGCUCGGGAGUAUAUCCGUUCUCUCCCAUUCAAAAAGAAGAUUCCAUUUAAAGCCUUGUUCCCGAAGAGCAACGACCUGGCGUUAGACUUGUUGGAGAAGCUUUUGGCCUUUAACCCGACGAAGCGAAUCUCCGUUGAAGAGGCUCUGCGCCAUCCAUAUCUGGAGCCGUACCACGAUCCGGAAGAUGAGCCGACGGCGCCCCCAAUUCCCGAAGGAUUCUUUGAUUUCGACAAAAACAAGGAUGCUCUUAGCAAGGAGCAGUUGAAGGUCCUGAUUUACGAGGAAAUCAUGCGGUAA